AUGCUUGCGCUUGUGCUCGUUACAGCCAUGAAGAAUGCCGACAACAUGCUGAAGCAGAUCAUCAGGGCCGUCGAUACGAGCGGCGACGGCAAGAUCCAAUACGAAGAGUUUCGCGUGUUUGUCGAGACUGCCGAGCGCCAACUCCUCGCCCUCUUCCGGUCAAUUGACCGGGACCAAGACGGCCGGCUGAACAAGGAGGAGCUCCACGCCGCCUUCCAGCGCGCGGGGCUGGCAGUGCCCAAGAGGAGGUUGGCAGGAUUCUUUGACGAGAUCGACAUGAACCGUGAUGGCUACAUAAGCUUUGACGAGUGGCGCGACUUCCUCCUAUUUAUGCCCGCCGACCACAAUGGGUCGGCGCUCGAGGCUGCACUGUCAUAUUAUUCGUCUAUUGUCACAGUCAACGCAGAGGGAGAUUCACUAGUCAGUGAGGAUACACUUGAGGGACUAGGAUAUUUUGUUGCCGGCGCCGUAUCCGGGGGUGUAUCGCGAACUGCAACCGCCCCUCUUGACCGUUUAAAAGUGUACCUUCUUGUCAACACCAAGGCUUCUGCCCCUGUGGCUCUUGCCGCGGCGAAACAUGGCCAUCCAAUUGUUGCUAUUCGGGACGCAAGCAAGCCAAUCGCAGACGCUGUUGCGAGCCUGUGGAAAGCCGGAGGGCUCCGCAAUUUCUUUGCAGGUGAGACACACUCGGGGAAUGGACUGAACGUCGUCAAAAUUAUGCCAGAGUCGGCCAUUCGGUUUGGCUCCUACGAAGCCUCCAAGAGGUUUCUGGCCGUAUACGAGGGCCACGGAGAUCCGGCGCAAAUCAGUACCGUCUCCAAGUUCGUUGCUGGAGGCAUGGGCGGGAUGACGGCGCAGUUUUGCGUGUAUCCAGUCGACACGCUCAAAUUCCGGUUGCAAUGCGAGACGGUCCAGGGCGGCCUCAAGGGCAAUGCCCUGCUCAUCCGGACAGCCCAAACCAUGUGGGCAGACGGUGGGCUGCGCGCAGCCUACCGUGGCCUUGGGCUCGGCCUUAUCGGCAUGUUUCCUUACAGCGCCAUCGACAUCGGAACCUUUGAGUUUCUCAAGAAGUCGUACACACGAUCCAUGGCGCGGUACUACGGCAUCCACGAGGAAGAUGCGACGCCCGGCAAUAUUGCUACUGCGAUCCUGGGAGCGACGUCUGGGGCUCUCGGCGCCACCGUCGUGUAUCCUCUCAACGUCCUCCGGACACGACUCCAGACGCAAGGCACGGCCAUGCACCCGCCUACAUACACCGGCAUUGCAGACGUGGCGCGCAAAACAAUACAAAACGAGGGAGUGCGGGGCCUAUAUAAGGGGUUGACGCCGAAUAUUCUCAAGGUGGCCCCGGCUCUGAGCAUCACCUGGGUCUGCUACGAGAACAUGAAGCGCAUCCUCGGCCUUCACUAA